AUGGAUGUGCUUGGUGAGAACCACAUGAAGAGCCCCCCCAAGCAGAGCAAGAGAAGCAAAUCAAAGGGUGUGAAGGUUGUGUACAUAUCAAGCCCUAUGAAGGUGAAGACAAGUGCAUCUAAGUUUAGGGCUCUUGUCCAGGAGCUUACUGGUAGAGACUCUGAUGCUGAGCGUUUCAUGGAGACCAAAGGUGCCCAUUAUCAAAAUGUUCAUGAGUUUACUCAUGAGCAACAAUUGAAGGGUGUGGAUCAUGAUCAUGGGUUGUUGCCUCAGCUUCCUUUCUCGAAUUCGUUUUUUGAGUUUCCGAAUUGCUCCGAUGCUUUGUUCGAACCGUUUUCUGGGCAUUUCGAGUUGGAUGUGCUCAGAAACUUUGAUCAAAUUUGA